AUGUACGUCCUAUCCUGGUAUUUGUGAGGGUAAUUGGUAGUUGCCCUGUCUGACAAAGGUUCUUCUUGACGUGUUCUGGAAGUUGUGUCGCUGUACCACCUCAUUCAUGAGAACUGACCUUGCUGAUGGUUCAUAGUUCAAAGAUGAAUCGACCUCCACCGGCUGGCCCAAUAGAUGGAGGAAUGUGAGCGUCAAGUCCUUGCGCUAUCCAACAAAACCCCCACACAACGAUUGUGAUACGCCUUCAUGUUCGAUAUGGGCUCCUUGAGGAUGCUGAGGUCCCUUGGGAUAUACUCCAGCUUGCCCUGGGAAGGAGCGACCCUCCACCUGCACUGGGCCACGACAGAACGAACGCGUUCUGCGACCUUUCGUUUCCUCAAGAUUCUCUUGUUUCAUCAGCAUCUCCUAGAAUACUAUCAUCUUAUCUCGAUCUAUAUUAUUUUACGUCUUUCUCUCUCGGGGAUGGAUAACCUGCACGGACACGGCUCCUCCGAAAGGACCACGCUGCCUCAAGGCGAUACGCAUGCUUUGAGUGUUUCUUUACCUACUUGGGCCGAUGUCGCACAAUAUGUAGGGACUCAACCGCCAGGCCCUAGGUGGUCGUCAGUCGCCCACGAUGACGGGGUAGCUACUCGAUUAUGCCAGGGCAUAAACCCUCUCAUUGCACGGGUAACUGAGCGGCUCGCCAACGGCAAGGAUAGAAUUUGCCACUGCCUUCUCUUCACCAACCGGGAUGGCGCUUCGCGCUUCCUUAGAGCAUGGGGAAAUGAACAAGAUCACCUGUGGCGUGGCAAGAUAGAAACCGUUGCAUUCGCCCCCCCAAAAAACGCGGAAUGCUCUGAUGAAACUAGGCGAUGGGCGUCGUUCUGCGUACUCCUUUUCAAUGGUUUCUCCUCCACCAACCUUGACAAGGCCAUGCUUGUUUGGUGUGAACACGGCGAUUCCAUAUCAAGUCGACAUGCUGAUGCUUGUCUCGAACGGCUUGAUUACCUGGCUUCUAAAUCGGAAAAUGCCGAGUACGCAACUGCCCCAGGCAGGCGGUCUUGUGGCCUUGAGAAAAUCUCAUUUGGUGACUCUAAACGAUUGAUCAAAGGCAAGAUCCAGGAGCUGGCGACCUCUGAAACCCAUCAGAGCUUUACAGACUCCCGCAUCAAAAAUGGCCAUAUUUUUCUCUUUGCAAAUGGAUCAACCGCCUUGUCGGCAGUCUGCAGGGUGGUCGCUUCCAUCAAGCCGCCCGCACAUAAAUGGAUUGCUUAUGGGUGGCUAUCUGGCCGGACGCGAGAUGUUCUUCUGACCAAUAUAACCGGCGACGUCAAGUUCUACCUGGACACCACUAGCGACCUGUGUAAACUCGAACACUCGCUUGAAGAGGGGCAAAAAGCUAACGCCCUUUUCUGCACGUUCCCCAACAUUUUGACAUUGAAGUGCCCCGACUUGUGGCGCAUCCAUAAUCUUUCUGUUAAACAUGGUUUCAUCGUGAUCUGUGACGAUAGUGUGUGGCCAAUGCAGUCGAUGUUGACGUCUUCCCGUUUGUCGACAUUCGAGUGACCAGCUUGACGAGGACGUUUAGUGGGCCCUGCAAUAUUGCCGGCGGAAGCGUGGUCGUCAAUCCAGAUUCACAGUACUACGAGGCGAUCUCUACAAAGCUGAAAUCCAUGCAGGACACGCUCCACCCAUAUGACGCCAUGGUUCUGAGCAGGAAUUGCCAAGAUAUCAAGCAGCGAGUUGACGAAUGCAACGCCAAUGCGCUAUCUGUCGUUAAGCUCUUGGCUGGAAGUCACUUCGUAAAGAGGGUCAAUCACCCCUCGCUUUUGCACCGGAAGAUGCUUUACGAUCGCCACCGUCGUAAGGACGGGGGAUACGGCCAUGUCCUGACCGUAGAGUUUCUACAUGCCUACUAUGCCCAGCUAUUCUAUCACACUCUCAGCAUUGCGAAAGGCCCUGGUUAUGGCACCAGCUUUUCUAUGUGUUUGCCCCCAAUCAUAUAUGAGCAUCGUGAGGCCGAGUCGCUGGAACGCGAGGGCAUCCCACGGCACCUUCUACUGUUGAGUAUAGGGAUGGAGAAAGAACAGGUUAUCAUGGACGCUAUGAAGGAAGCACU